UGUGCUUUUUUUUUUUACGUAAACAGUGACACUGCUCAUAAACCUUCUCUCCUCCGUGUAUAAUCUUGUUUCUCCGACACCACGAGUACUUGUGUUUGGCGCAAGAAGAAGCUUUUAUGAAUCUUGUGUAAUGGAAGUUAACUGUAUUAAAUUACAGCCAGACCCAGUAAUAGUGUCUUCAUACCCAUCACUUUCUAUGAACUCGAUUGCAUCAAUUCGCUUCAGCCCUUUGAGGUGUUUAUGUACUCGUUCAAAUUUGAAGACUGCCCAACAACCCAAAAUCACUAGAACCUCGAUUUCCAAGAAAAGUGUUAAGGACAAGGUAUCAGAGUCUGUGUUGAGAGAGAAGUGGUUGGAUUCUCUUAGUUAUCCUGUUAGUGUUGCUUCAGACACGGUUGAGUUGGGUGCUAAUGGGAGCUCCUCUGAGUGGAUUAUUGGGGUUGACCCUGAUGUUUCUGGUGCUUUGGCUCUUUUGAAAUCUGACCAUUCUGGCUUUUCUGCUCAGGUGUUUGAUUCUCCUCAUGUUAAAGUACCAAUAGGAAAACAAACUCGGCGACGUUUAGAUGCAAAAUCGAUUGUUCAGUUACUUCAAAGUUUUGAUGCUCCAGUUGGAACUGUGGCAUAUGUAGAACAAUCCACUCCAUUCCCUCAAGAUGGGAAACAGGGAUGGUGGAGCGGAGGAUUUUGUUAUGGUAUAUGGAUAGGAGCCUUAGUUGCCUCGGGAUUUUCCGUUGUUCCAGUGUCAUCUUCACUGUGGAAGAAUGCAUUUAAACUUUCUGGAAGCCGCUCGAGUAAGGAUGAUAGUAGGGAAUUAGCGUCUACAUUCUUUCCAUCUGCAAGUUCCUUGUUGCAACGCAAGAAAGAUCAUGGCCGGGCGGAGGCCUUACUAAUAGCUGCUUAUGGCAAAGGUCUGAAGGCGAUGCCUGAUAGUUCAUGCAGUUUGGAAGAUUUCUUGGAUUUAAAGCUUAAAAGUUGCUAAGAAAUUGGUCCAUUUUUAUGCCUCCUUGCUUGUAUCUUUGAUGGGUAGUUAUUUUAAUGUGAUAAAUUAGGAAUUGUGGACAUCUUACAUAGGCAUGUAUCAAAUUGCAAAGUUUUGAUGCAAUUUUCAGAAUAUGGAGAUGAUUCAUUCGGCAUUCAAGUUCCAUUCUGCCACAGGUUAAUGUAUACAUCUCCCGGUGAGGAUUUUGGUGGGAAUUCACUUAGUUUAUAGUUAGAAGGAUUUGUCACAAAUGUAACUGGUCGACUAACUUUUGCGAUGGAUAAUUUAUUGUUGUAUUGACAUGACAAACCACAGAUGCCUCAA